GUAGCUCUUGGUGUCUCGCCUCCAUUUCAUGGCCUUGAUGGCGCACCACCCUAGGAUGGCGGAGAUGAAGUAUGUUGUCGUUACCGGUGGUGUGGUGAGCGGCCUCGGUAAGGGGGUAACAGCUAGCAGCAUUGGCCUGCUGCUCAAGUCAUGUGGCCUUCGCGUCACCUCCAUCAAGAUCGAUCCCUACCUCAACAUGGACGCCGGAACCAUGUCACCCUUCGAGCACGGGGAGGUGUUUGUUCUUGACGACGGAGGGGAGGUAGAUCUGGAUCUUGGCAACUAUGAGCGGUUCCUGGACGUCACUCUCACAAGGGAGAAUAACAUCACGUCUGGGAAAAUAUACCAGGCUGUUCUGGAGAAUGAGCGGAGAGGGGACUAUCUGGGAAAGACUGUGCAGAUUGUUCCCCAUUUGACUGAUGUCAUCCAAGAUCGAAUCCAAUCGGUGGCCAAGGUUCCAGUGGACGGAACUCCUAACCCUCCAGACGUAUGCGUUAUCGAGCUUGGAGGAGUUGUUGGGGACAUUGAAUCCAUGCCAUUUAUUGAGGCUUUACGACAGCUCCAGUUUUAUGUUGGUGCUGAAAACUUUUGCCACAUUCACGUCAGCCUUGUCCCAGUUCUUGGUGUUGUCGGUGAACAGAAGACAAAGCCUGCUCAGCAAAGCGUUCGUGAAGUUCGCGCCUUCGGGUUGGUACCGCACUUACUGGUUUGCAGGAGCGCUCAAAAACUCGAGGACUACACCAAAGAGAAGUUGUCCCAGUUUUGCGAUGUCUUGACUUCCGACAUUUUGAACAUUUACGAUGUCUCAAAUAUUUGGCACGUGCCCUUGAUAUUGAGGGAUCAAGAAGCGCACUAUGCAGUCUUGAGCCGUUUGAACCUGAGUCCUGCCGAACCUUGUGUCGAGGAAUGGUCGGCCAUGGCACGGUCUUGCGAGAACGUAACCGUUCCGGUUCGGAUAGCAGUUGUUGGAAAAUACACUGGUCUUGCAGAUUCGUACCUCUCCGUUUUAAAGGGUUUACAGCAUGCGUGUAUUGCAUGCUCGAGACGGCUACUUGUUGACUGGGUUGCGUCAUCCUCUUUAGAAGAUGCUAAGCUUCACGAUAUGGCUGAGGAAUAUGAAUCAGCUUGGAGUAUGCUAAAGGAUGCUGACGGUAUUUUAAUUCCCGGGGGCUUUGGUGCUCGGGGUGUUCAAGGAAUGAUAUUAGCUGCAAAAUAUGCUCGUGAAAACAAUGUUCCCUUUUUGGGCCUCUGUCUUGGCAUGCAAGUCGCGGUCAUUGAGUUUUCUCGAUCGGUCCUCAAUUUGGAGAACGCAAAUAGUACCGAGUUUGACCCGGCCACGCCGUAUCCCUGUGUUGUUUUUAUGCCCGAGGUUUCUGAUACGCACAAGGGUGGGACGAUGAGGCUAGGAUCCCGCGCCACUCUAAUUCAGACACCACACUGCAUAACCGCAAAGCUAUACCAGAAGGAGACGCAUAUUUACGAACGGCACAGGCACAGAUAUGAGGUGAAUCCGCAAAUGGUUGAAGCGUUGGAAGGCGCUGGAUUGUGUUUCGUUGCUAGGGAUGAGACUGGAAGACGGAUGGAGAUCAUGGAGCUGCCAAGCCAUCCGUUUUACGUGGGAGUUCAGUUCCAUCCAGAAUUCAAAUCUCGACCUGGGAAACCGUCUCCUCUGUUCAUAGGUUUUAUACAGGCCGCUUCGGGACAAAUGAAUGGCUACAUAAAAGGUGACCCGGGCACAGCGGUAACAAGGAGGGGGUAUAGGAGCAAGCCUCCAAAGAGACCGGAGACGGGGGUGGGCUACAAGCCCCGGGGCACGGGGCCCAGGCGUCCAACGCCUUCGUCAGCUGGAGCUACAGCUAGUGUUCCCAAGCCGUCAGUGCCCGCAGCUUACGAAUACGCGAGUGUAGGAAGGAGACCGUCGUGGCUUCCAAGGGCAUCUCUCCUCAGGCUGCAAGCUGUAGAGCGCCCGGCCUUUCGGUGAUAUAAAAGAUAAAGGAAGAGGGAGGGAGGGAGGGGACAUGUUAUCUCCGAGCGGUGGCAGAGGUCAGAGCAAGCUGAGGUGCCGUGCCUGACGCCGACUCCCUUGUUUCCCGCAAAUACCCUGCUUGUCUAACGCCAGGAUCGGCCAUCGGCUCA